GUUGCAAUAUUAAUUACAGCACGUCAGAAUGAAUAAUAGCUUCCUCCUUAAUAUUGGUGGUGAUGACUCAGUUCAGCAGCAUGAUAAUAACUCUGCAAAUAUUAACGUCACACUAGUGGUUCAAUCAUGUCGUACUUAUUAAACAGCAGUGUCAAGCCGAUAUCUGUAAUAUUCCUGUUUUGCGCAUCACUUUGCCAGGUUUGGGUGGACGCAAUUCCCACAACCAUUUCCGAACGGAUUACCCUCAAUCCAGAGGUUCCAUAUCGGUUGAAGUCCUUACAGUAUCCCGCAGCAUUCCCCGAGGGCACAACGUACACAUACCAGAUUACAGCGCCGGACCAAGCGAUUCAGUUGCGCUCCGUGAAUUUUACAUUUGGCACGCGCACCUCGUCCACGGCGUACAAUGAGGGCUGCACCGGGGAACGCGUCAAUAUUUGGGAUACAAAGUUUCCCGCCGCACCAAUUAAGUUCGCCUGCGGGAAAGACCCAUUUGAAAUACGCUCGUAUGGUGACACAAUUAUCAUCGAACCGAUUAUCGGGCACAAUUCCGCUACGUUGAAUCAGUUCCAGCUGGAGCUCAUCCGAGUCUCGUGUGGUCGCGCCGCCACCAUAUUGUGUCCUUCAGAUAAAGCCAAUCGGACGUGCAUCACACUGGAGCAAAUUUGUGAUGGUGUAAAACAGUGUCCAGACGGUGAAGAUGAGAUCUGCACGAUGGAUUGCGGUUAUCACACCGGCAUGAUCGAUGCGAGUGAGAACCUCCGUAUCUUCGGCGGCACGCCGGUCAGGAACAACAGCUGGCCGUGGCAUGUGCAGCUUCUCAGCGGUCCGUACGGGAAUGAAUCCAUUUUUGCGUCAUGCGGAGGCUCCGUGGUGGCUCCCCGGUGGAUUGAGACGGCGGCGCACUGUAUUAACGGUUUUGUACGGGAUCGCGCGGAAAUCAUGGCCAUAGGAAAGAACAUGGUGGCAUCGGUGACCUUUAUGCCGCAUAAGUGCGGAGGACAACCGGACGCUACGUCCAUUGCGGUCCAGAAGGUCUUUAUUCAUAAGUCCAUCGACGUUGCUUUACUCCUAUUAUUCACGGAUAUCUCCUUUUCGCCGAACGGGGUGCAGCCGAUCUGUCUACCACGACCCGAUAUGGUACUAAAUGAAGGAGAAGUGUGCUACGCCGCCGGAUGCGGGCGGACGGAGCCGGGUGGCGCACCGCCGGAACUGCUGCAGUUAGCCUCGCCGAUUCGCAACGCGACAACGUGCCCUUUCCGGCCGGAACCGGGUUGGGUGUGUGCCGGGCAGGCUAAGGGCGAAAACAACACCGGGAAGAGCAUAUGUCCCGGAGACAGCGGUGGGCCACUGGCAUGCCGGAAAGAGAGCCACGGCGUCAGUCAGUGGGUCCUCUUUGGAGCUGCCUCGUUUAUUAUCGGUCAUUACACGGCAUGCGGCACCACGCCCGGCGGCUCCGGGGGGCUGCAAGCAACCAUGUCGUUCGUCAUGGAGACGGUGUACUCGCAAGGCUCCAAAGGCUGGCUGGAGAAUCGCACGGUGCCGGUACUGAGCGGUACGCAGCACGACAGCCGAGUGUCGCCGCCGGAUGUGCCGCCUCUGCCCGUACCGGUACGCACCGAGAUGUUACCAGCAUCCGGCGACCGACCAUGGUUGAGUCCAUUAGUUUGCCUGUUGUACGCUGGGAAAAUAGCGGCGCUAUAACCAUCACUGAUGUGUCUAAGCAGCUUGAAUAUUCGGCGCUCAUUUUAAUGCGCAUACAUAUCUUUUGUGCUUUAUUGUUUUUUUUCCACUGCAGCGAGGCUGCAGCGUUAUCACAAUACCAGGUUAUUGAAACUGAUGUAUGAGAGUGCCCGUUUCCGGUAUAUCUUGGCUACUCUAUAAAAAAUCAGUUGGUGCGAGUUGCGAUUUAAUGCUGAUCCGUUGGACAAUAUUA